AUGAAGUCAACGACAUUUUUGAUAUUCCCACUUCUUCAUCUUCAACUAGCCACCGCAAUCCCACUUAUCAAACGCACAAGUCAACCCGGUUCCGUCUCCGUGAAAUGGGGAGCCGCAGGGUUUCUGGGAGAAUUCACUAUUGGAGGUCAAGCGAUUGAUUUGUUAAUCGAUACCGGAUCUUGCGGGACUUGGGUCGUCGGUCCCAAAGCCUCAGAAUGCCGUACCCAAACACACUGCUACGACCCGCGCGACGCACCAAGAGUACCUUCAUCCACAGCCUCGAGUUUCAAACAAACCUACAACGAUGGACUCGAAGCCCGAGGUGACACGAUAGUAAUAGACACCUUCGGUUCUCAAAAGCCAAUCGGUGGAUUUCAAAUCGAGGAACAAUAUGUUCAAGUCGCCAGCGAUAUAAAGGGGGAUAAUGGGAAACCCUUAUGGGAGGAAAAGAAUGGUUUGUUGGGCAUGUGUAGAGCUGGAAGGUCUAGGUCUUCACCGAGACGUCUUGACACACUUCCAACUACAUCCGGUAACUUCGACUACUGGACUUCCUACCUCAAAUCCGAUGCCGAAGAAACUUGGUCCCUCUGCUUCGACUGUAUGGCCGAUUCAUCCCUCUACGACUCUUCGUCUGGUAUCACCGUCAAAUCCAUCGAUUCCAAGAACUGGUACGUCGAUUCAGACGGUUGGGCCGUCACGGUCACUGGUUCAGACGGAAAACCCGAAACCACAAAAUUCACUGCCGAUGAUAAGAUUCUAUUGGAUACCGGCGCAACCAUAACCGCUUUGGAUAGUGGAUCUUUAAAGGCUAUAGCGGCGGCUUAUGGUGGAAGUUGUAGCGGUGGGAGGUGUAGUUAUCCGUGCUAUAUCAAAGACGGGGAGUUCCCAGAUGGUUCGCCGAAGAAACAGGGUGUUAAAGUUACACUUCCAUGGGGGACUGGUAGUAUUCCAUUUGAACCGAGAGCCUUCUAUCGAGGAAGUUAUAGUUGCGGAGGUGGCAGUUGUACCUGUAGGUUUGGAUUGAAGACGAAGGAGGGGGCGCUUACAUAUGGCAGUGCAGUCUUUAAAUCUGCAUAUUUCAAGUGGGACGUGAAGAAUUCAGAAAUCACCACGUUCCGGUACAAAUAA